CGCGCUCGAUGACUGCAGGCGUCAACUGCCUCUCUCUCUCUCUCUGUCUCUCUUAGCUAGAGAAGAAUCAGCAGCUCAUCUUGUUCCUUGCCUGCUGCUCAUCUUCAAUAAUCUCCUUCAGGUUCGAUCCAUCUCUCCUCCCCUCCCGACCGUCGUCGCAUCGCAUGCAACCACCCCUGCCGCUGCUGCGUUGCUUGACGGCCUCCUCCUCCUCCGCCCUCCCGCUCUCGGUGUUGGUGCGCAAGCACAAGCUAGGAUUAUUAUUCUCCACGGCCAUGGACGACGGCGUUUCUUCGCAAGACAAGAAGACGUCUCCGCCGCCGGCGGGGGGCGUCGCGGAGCGCAUCAUGCCGCAUCUCCUCAACAUCUACGGAUCGCGCGCGACGGCCCGGGACUUCGAGAUUUACGCGCCCAACGCCACGUUUGAGGACCCGCUCAUGCGAGCCCACGGGGUGCAGCAGAUCAAGUCCUCGUUUUACACGCUUCCAAAGGUGUUCGCGGAAUCCAAGAUCGUGGAGUACACUGUACAUGAGAAUCCCACGGGCCCCGGCAAAGCCGAGAUUCUGAUCGACAACAAGCAGCACUACAAGGUACUUGGGAAGGCGGUGGAGCUGACCACGCUCAUCAGGCUCCAACUCCAGGACGGCAAGGUGGUCACCCACGAGGACUGGUGGGACAAGAAGCCUCUCAAGAACCGGGACACGGUGGGGUUCCCGCUGCUGGGCCGCGUCGCGGAGGCCACCCGCCGGGGAGCAAUGCUGCUCACCCACGCCCUCAUGGGAUUCGGCAAGGACCCUCCUGCUCACCCACCGCCGGCAUCCUCCUCCUCUUGAUCUACUUGUAUCUAUAUAUAUAUAUAUAUGUGCUGAUGAUGAUUACUGCAUGCUACUGCUACGCCAAUGGCGUAGUGAUCAAAUAAUCUACCACUGUACUUAAUUGUUGUCCUACUGGUAGUGCCUUUAAUUUUUAUCCUUCUUCGUUUUCUUUU